CCACGCCUUUUUAAAAAUGGCGGAGAAUAGCAAACAAAAGAAAUUUAGAAAAGCAGAAGAAUCCAGCGAAGAAGAGGAAGACAGUGAACUGGAAGAAGACCCUCCUCCACUUGAAAACAAGUUUGCCAAUGAUGGCUCGUUUUUUGAACUGUUCAAACAGAAAAUGGCGGAACAAGAGAAAAAGGAAAAGGGAAAUUCCUCCCACGCCGCCCCCGCACCUAAAACCGAAGAUGGAGAGACUCAACUGAAAGCUUACCAGGCUGGUAUCGGGAAAAGGAAGUCUUUACUGAAAACGAAUAAACUGAGAGAAAUGAGAAAGAAGAGAAGAGAAGAAAUCGAAGAGCACAAAAAGGUUGAGGAAGAAGACAACAAUCAAAGCACAGCUUGGAAGACUUACAUGAGAGAAGUGAAAGAGCUACAGGAGAAAUGUUGUACGGAAAAGGACGAUUAUAAGCGACCUCUCGUCAAAUGAGAGAGCUAUACUAGGAAUUGUUGGAGAGGAAA